UUUUCGCUGCAUAAAGCUGCCCGUGUGUUUGUCAGUUGGGCUAUGGGGCUGUAGUAGGGUUGCUACGUGCCUUUGUGCACAAACGGCAUCCGCGUUAGAUGGCCUGCUGAGUAUAGGACCGAGCGGUCGGAUUCGCAGUGCGGGAGGAAAAAGGGACCGAGCUCGGUUCGCGAAGAGCAGCGGGAAUGCGGCGCAGGAUGGCGGGCAGAGCCGUUCAGGCGCUGGGCUGCGGAGCUCCGAGAAUCAUGCGGCUGCUGCUGCCCGCAUCCUCCACCAACACCGCGGCUCUCCCCUGGACUACGGAGAGCGGCGUUAACGCGAGGCUUCGGUCUACGUCGUCCAUUUCGAGCUACACGGAGUUGGCUAGAGAGAGAUCGAAAACCGUGACUUCUUUUUACAACCAGUCCGCCAUCGACGCGUCCGCUGAGAAGCCUUCUGUUAGACUCACACCGGGCACCUUACUGUAUGCAGGCAAAUCUCCAGAUGGAAACCAUAUCCUGAGCAGUGCCAGGUACUUACACAAAGAACUGCCUGUGCGUAUCGCUCACCGUAUCAAGGGCUUUCGCAGCCUGCCUUUUAUUAUUGGCUGCAACCCCACCAUCCUGCAAGUGCACGAGCUUUACAUCCGAGCGUACCACAUGCUGGUCGAUUACCCGGCGAUUAAAGACCAGGAAACAGAGGCUCGCUACAGCAAGCUUGUUCAGCAGCUCCUGGAUGACCACAAAGAUGUGGUCACCAUGCUUGCUGAAGGCUUCAGGGAGUGUCGAAAGCACAUCCAAGAUGAGACGCUGGUCCGAAAUUUCCUAGACACAACCCUGACAUCACGUCUGGGCAUUCGCAUGCUGGCUACACACCACUUGUCCCUCCAUGAGGAAAAUCCUGACUUUGUGGGGAUCAUUUGCAGGCGUCUGUCCCCUAAAAAGAUCAUUGAGAAGUGGGUGGACUUUGCACGACGGCUCUGUGAGCACCAGUAUGGAAACUCUCCCCGCGUUCGAAUUAACGGUCACGUGGCGGCACGCUUCCCCUUUAUCCCUCUUCCUCUGGACUACAUACUGCCUGAGCUGCUGAAGAAUGCCAUGAGGGCCACUAUGGAAAGCCACUUGGACACCCCUUACAACGUACCAGAUGUGGUGGUUACUAUUGCCAACAACGAUACUGACUUUGUCAUCAGGAUCUCUGAUCGUGGUGGAGGCAUUCCACACAGUAUUCUGGAUAAAGUGAUGGACUACCAUUUCAGCACAGCUGAGGAGAGCACACAGGACCCACGCAUGAGCAACCUCUUUAACACCAUGACCAACAGCGGCCCUCAGUCUGGCCCCAUGCAUGGGUUUGGUUUUGGUCUACCCACCUCUCGAGCGUAUGCUGAAUACCUGGGAGGUUCCUUGGCCAUCCAGUCCAUGCAGGGCAUUGGCACUGACGUAUACCUGCGUCUGCGCCACAUCGAUGGCAAGGGAGAAAGCUUCAGAGUGUGAAAGGCAGUUUCUUGUUCUCAGUGACUUUGCCAAUCACAACCAAGUGUUUUUGAGGGUUCAUACGUUCACAGAGGCCUGGAUGCACCACUUCUUUCAAGAUUAGACACUUAUCCCAUGUCUCCUACCAAUGUUCACUAGUUCUGCAAAGUGUGCUUUUCUUUUACCCCAUCACCCAAUGCCCCUUUUACAUUUCAGUCUCUUUUUGUACAUUUUUUUUUUAUAUCUUGCAUGAAUGUGUCACACAGUGCUUGGUUAUGUCAUGGGAAAUCAUGGUAAUUGUCACAUUUUUCCCCUUAAGUUAACAAGUUCCUAAUUAUUUAAAUGUCUUGAGGCUUGCUUUGGUCAAAACACCUCAAGGGUCCAAUGCUGAAGCACCCAUCUUCACCCUGUCUAAAACCACCCUGUUCAAAGUGGCAGGUUUGAGUGCCUGUUUCUUGAACUGAUAACGAGCCACUAUUUACCCCACCCUUUUCGUUACUGUUCUUUGUUACACAAAUUCAAAGACUACUUGUGAGCUAGUUAGCCUUUCAUACUUCACCUCGAGUCUCUUUCCAUUGUUAUGUUCAUUUUACUUUUCUGCAGUUUUGCCACUAACAUUUGGCAGUUACUGAAACUUUGAACCAGUCCUGUGUUGUACUGACCCAGGAGUCUGUAAAGCAGUCAUGCGCAAGAUGAUUUGCCAAAAUUUUUCAUUAUACAGUUAUUUUGCUUACAUCAAUGCAGUCAACACAAUGCUAGUGGUUCCAGUACCACAUUUUGUUUUAAUUAAUAGAUUGAGAUGUCUUUCCAUCUCGCACUGGAGGGGAACACAAUCUGAACAUAUGUAUGAUAUAUGACAAGCUAUCAGAUUUGGACACCCCAGAAUGGACAGAAUUGUCUGUGUAUUUCUGGGUUGAUGGGUACUGAAAAAAGUGAAUCUUUCAUAGAGUGUCCCCUAUAAAAUUAAUGUUCACUGUGAGGAGAGGGAAAAAAAACUUCCACCCUAGAAACUUUCAAGGACAACCACGUGAAAGAAGAUUCCUCCUCUCUCACACACUCCUGGUAAAAGAUGCAGUCUUGCUGACACUGACUUGAACUCUCAACACUUGGUUUGCCUUUUGGAUAGUGAUUGAACUCAGAACACCUCAUAGCCAUUUCCAGUGGCAGAAUCUGAGGGAACCUCUGUGUGAACGUCGAAUAAACACUGACCGUCGUUGCAGAUACUGGUCAUCCUCUUGGACGUAAACUUGAGGAGACUUCCACUGCCUUAUGGACAAAUACAGAAUUGACGUAUUCUGCUCUCGUUCAGCAUCUGUCCAGUGUUCAAUCAUGCUAGCUUUGAUGUUUCAUGUAUUUACCACACCAGACUAAGAUUUUAUGCAGCUUCUAUGUUUGGCAUGGGUAAUCUGUUUGGCUUGUUGACCCAACGUAAUGAAAAUGCAGGGUUUUUUCUUUCAUAUAAUUUUUUGUAUGUUAUUUUAAAAUUGUCUUGUUUGUUGAUCUCUCCAAGAAUAAGAUUAUUAUUAAAGGUACAUUUAUAAUGAUUAUGAUAUUCAGAAAUGUUCAGCUCUCUUCUGAAGAAAUGUUUGACGGUUAGGCUGGGUUAGAUUUAACACAUUCCAAAAGGGGUUACAGAGAUUGUGGUCACAUGACAGAUUCCUUCUAAGGUGUCAUGGGAUUAAUGCAAUAUUUAGUUACUGCAGUAGGUAGAAAAACUUAAAGACCUGUCCUGUUUUUUUUUUUUUCCAGAUUCACCUCUGCAGAUCUACUGCAUUUGUAGCAUGCAGUAUGUUGCCACAGGCAAAACUGGCUUGAGACACACUUGUAGGUUAAUAGGUGGGUACUUAAGUGAAACCCUGCAUGUUUUGAGUCUACACAUUUUCUGUUGUAGGGAAAAUGCCAGUGACUAGUAAUCAACCGUUCAGUAGAUAAACGCAAAAGACAAAGUUUAUGAUAGAAAUUGUUUUCAAAAAUACAGUCCGUUAUCAAUGAUCAGGUGUGUUAUGGGUUUGUACCUGUGUAUGGUGGUUCAUGGAUGAGGAGAUUUCAGAUAUGCCUCCCUGAAAAGCUGUAUGUUAGUCUGCACGCAUGUGCUAAGACGUUGAAGGAGUUCUGUUGCCCAAGUUUGCCCUCUGCUGGGUAAAAAUGAGUAUUGACUUAGACUCUAUUAAAGCUGGUGGAGUCGGGGGAGGUAAAGUGAUAUUGUAGAUGAAUGUUCUUAAGUGUAAUGGCAUUAGAGAAAAAAAUACUAACACGCACAUGUUAACAUGUUUGGUGUACAUACAUGGCCAAAUUAUGGCAUGAGGUGUCCAGAAUGAUACGAAGAAUGGGAUCAUUUUAUUGGAUUUUUGUUAUUUGUUGUUGGCUUUGUUUUGUUUCCCAAAUAGAUGCCAAAUCUGCAUAGUUUUUUUGACAUUAUAAAAUUAUUAUUGAGAAGCAGA